CUUAGCAAUCCAGGCAUCCCAUAUCACCUCAUCAACCAAAAUUUUGGAACAGUUGAAGCAGACACUACGGAGAAUACUGAGAACAAUCUUCAUGAAUCCUAUGUGAAACAUGGGCUUCGCAAGCUCCAGGUGGCCAAAGUGACCUGGGCACUCAGCCAUGUUGGCCAUACACGUCUCACACUUCAUCUUCCGAUCAAUUGUCCCCAGACGUGGGUCGCUCAAGCCCCCAAUCUUCGGCUUACCUCUUUCCGUGGUCUCGCUGUGCUCUAUAAUUACGAUCUCGUCAGGGCUGAGUAUGCCGAAUUGGACAACGCGGACUUUGGCAACCUCCGCCGGGGAAUAUGGGAACCGCAGAUCCAUGGUGUGCCGGUAGACGAUACG